ACACACGCCCACUGUCGGAUGUGACGAGCCCGUCUCUGUCCCCGGGACACUUUCGCUUCGGCCGCUUCCCCUCGACAGACCGAGCCGGAGACUUCACACUCGGCUACAAGUCGUUUAAUUUCAAGGAGAAGCAGAAAUGUCUGGUGUAAAGAACAGAGAGGCAGAAGCACUUUCUUCUCGGAGAGCAGAGUGUGGGUCCGGUGUAUCGGCGCUGAGAGAGUCGCCAUCAACCAAGCGGCCGCGACCCGUCUCCCCGCACUGUCCCCCUGAGAUGUGGCUUCAACGCAGUUGGGGUGGCCACCUACCCCGACAGUGUGUGACUGAGCGGCGGUCGCUGAAAACCAAGCCCUUGAACCUGGUGAAACUUUCCAUGGGGGUUACGGCCCAGGACAGGAUCCAGAUUGUCCAUCAAACACUGCAUCACCUCCGCAGGAUCUACAGCAUGAACCUGAGCUCAGUAACGUGGGUCCAGGCCACAGUGGAACACUUCAGGCUUCUCCUGGAUCGGCAGUUCAGAGAGCUGGAAGUCUGUGUCAGGAAACCAAGCACAGGGUCCAGGGCAAGGAAGAAUGCCACAGUUCAUAAAUACUUCAGGAAACUGAGAAAGUUUCUGAAACUGAAGGGAUUCAGUGACUGUGCCUGGGAAAUAACUCGCGCUGAGACCAGGGCACAUUUACAACAGCUCCUUCUCAUCAUGGCAACAAUCAGCAGGGAACAAUGAGGAUAUUUCAGAGACUGAAUCAUAAGAGACUCAAAUUGAUGACUAUUUAAUGUACCUUUUUGUUACAGAAAAUAUUUCUUAUCAUAUUAGUAUUACAUUCCUGGAGCAAAACUGAAAAAUUACUGGAAGGACACAAAGUGCUGGAGUAACUCAGCAGAUCAGGCAGCAUCUCUGUAGAAUAUGGUUCGAUGAUGUUUCAAGUUGAGACCAUUCUUUAGAUCUCUUAUGCCGGAUACGUGAUACAUGAAAAAUGGAAGAUGUUCAAACAACUCAGUACGUGUGGAGUGGAAAUCUGAGUUAUCCUAGGUCAAAUAAACUGGAAUUACCAGAAAUUUUAACUGUUUUUCAACCAGAAUUAUUAUUAUUCAAUCAGAAGCGUUAGUUAUAUUUUCUCAUCUUAGCUGUUUUUCUGAACUGUGGAGUAUAUCCAGCAUUUUACAAUGUAUUAUUCCGUUAUUUUGACGAUUGAGUCAUGAAGAACAAAGAACAUUUGGAUAUUUCUCUUUAUUUAAGUGUUGAUUUAAUUUAUUGAUAUUUAUUUUUGUACCAUUAUCCUGUGGUGAACUAUGAAUCUUGAAAAAUCCUCUCAUUCAAAGAAUGACAAAUUUAGUAAAUUAAUUAAAUUCAUUUAGUGAAUAUAUUCAUUUCAGUUUAUUUAUAUUUGCACUGGCAUAUUUUUAAGCAUAUAUCAACAGUGGUCAAAAUCUUUGUUAAUUUAUUGUAUUUUAUAGAAAAGUGGAUAUUU